AUGACUCGUCUCCUGAACACCCUCGCCUGCGGCCUCGCAGUCGCUGCAAAUGCUUCUCCAACCUCAGGUGGAUGGGGAGACUAUGGCCGCCCAUUCGUACAGACCGACGCCGGACCUGUCGUUGGCUUCAAGAAGACCGUGCCAGGCACCCAGUACGAGCUUAACGAGUACCUCGGCGUCCCCUUCGCCGCUCCGCCUGAACGCUGGGGGCCGCCGGUGCCUUCCACGCCUUGGAAGGAACCAUACGAUGCCUCUACCAUCCAAGCGGCAUGUAUACAGCAAUUCAACUACCCAGAGGAACGUCGCAAUCUCAUUCUACAAUGGUUCAAUACACCCGCCGCUCCUGAGAGUGAGGAUUGUCUAUACGUCAACGUAUACUCGCCAAACACUAAGCACAGAAAAGCCGUAAUGGUCUGGAUCUACGGCGGUGGAAAUCUCUAUGGCAGCAAUUUCAACCCAGCUUACAAUGGCGAGUACCUAGCGGCAAACGAAGACGUCGUCGUCGUGGUGCUCAACUACCGCACCAAUGUUUUCGGGUUUCCUGGAGCCGACAUCUUAGACCCCAACGGACGGAACCUGGGCUUCCUAGACCAGCGCCUGGCGCUCGAUUGGGUGCGGAGGAACAUCGCCUCCUUUGGCGGAGACCCCGACCAAGUAACUAUUUUUGGGGAAAGUGCGGGAGCACUCGCCGUCGAUGCCCUUCUCACCCUCGUCCCCAAUCCACCCACCUUCCGCGCCGCCAUCAUGGAGUCCGGCACCGCCAGCAUCCGCGGCCGCACCGCCACGCCCUCGGCCUCCUGGAACCUCCUCGUCGGUGCCAUGGGCUGCAACUCGACCAGCGACGACCCCGCCGCCACCCUCUCCUGCAUGCGCGCCCUCCCCGCGACGCAGAUCCGGGACUACAACGCCGUGAACCGCGUGCCCUGGGCGCCCGUGUUCGACGACGUCACCAGCGCCGACACGGCGCGCAGCAACCGCCUCAACCGCACCGCGGACUUCGCUGCCGUGCCCAUCCUGGGCGGCUCGAAUCGCGAUGAGGGACGGCUGUACAGUGUGAGCGCGACCAAUGUCACGACGUUCAUAUUGGGGUUGUUACCGGCAUUCAAUGCGACGCAGAUCGAGGGGCUGCUGGCGCAGUACCCGCUCGGUACGGGCGAGUUCAAGGAUGACUUUGAGCGGCUGGGCGCCAUCUACACGGAUUUUAUCUUCCAGUGUCCCUGCCGGCUCGUGCACCUGGAUACGACCAAGGUUGGCGUGCCAAGUCACCGCUACCUCUACAACGCCUCCUUCCCCAACACCCAACUCUUCCCCAACGGCGGCGUCUACCACGCCUCCGAAAUCGGCCUCGCCCUCGGCACCUACCCGCGCGACAACGCCACCCCCUUCGAAGAACAACUCAGCCGCGCCAUGCAGAAACUGUGGGCGGAUUUCGCGCGAGACCCGUACGGCUGGGCGGACCAGGGUGGCUGGCCCGCCGGGGCGGACACACUGGGCGUUCUGGGCGGUGGGGUCAGGGCGGAGGAUGGGCCGACGGCGGUGGGGGAAGUGCUAGAGGUGGUGGGUAAGGAGGUCAUUGGGAGUCUGGAUAAGAGGUGUGCGUUGUAUGAGCCGAUUUAUGAUAUUUUGGGGAGGUAG